CUAAUUCUGCAUUCCAGAAAAUAGUCUUUGAUAUGGAUAUAUCAGGCCUUGUCCACACCAGCCCAGUUAAUUUUGCAACUGAGGUUUUGUUAAAUAAAAAAACACGUCCACACUAGGGGUGUAAUAAAAAUAACUCUGUACACAUGCAACCGUAAAUCCGCCACCAAGUGAUGCAGUAUACGUGUAAUACAUAUGCUCUUAGAUGUCGCUGUAGAUUUAGCAGCACAGUACUGUAAAAAUCAACAGUACAAUACUACAUUUCUUAAUUACAGUAAAAUACUGCAGUUUAUAUUGCAUUCUGGGUCAUUUUGAUUAAGCAGGAAUAUAUUACAGUAACUUUAGGCUUGCUGUAACCAUGCUGUAACCUGGCUGUAACAUGCCAUGGCAAUAAUACAGGAUUACUGUAAAAAGCGAAAGUGCGGCAACCGACGUCACGUGACAUAACACGGAGCACAGUGACAGCCCAUGAUCACACCGGCAGAUCCUGGAGGAGGAAGAGAAGCACUACACGGCGGAUUGCUGAAAGUUCUAUACUGGUACAUGUCUUCGCACCCUGAGGAGGUGUUCCUGUGGUUUAUCAUGUUUCUUGUGUGAUCUGAGUUUCACCAUUGCAUUCCUGUUGUGAUCAUCCGUGAGUGGUGCGAUCCUCACUGGGUUCCCAGGCAGGAAGUCCAGUGCACCAAAGUCAUCCCUGUUUUUAGUGUUACAAUGCCUGAAGCAAUUGUGGACGCAAUCGCAGCAGCACUCCCAAGGCUGGAUGAGGAUCGGCUGACUUUACUGGUUGAGCGACUGCUUUUGGUUGUUGGAAUAGAAGAAAUUGCAGAUCUGAGUUAUGUGACGGAGGAUGACAUCCAGGACCUCCUGACGCCCCUACAGAGCCGCAAACUCAUAGAUGCCUUUCAGAGGAGAGUUUCUGCCCUGGAGCCACAGCCAAGCGUUCUCUCUCCAUCUCCAUCUCCACCCUCACCUCCUUCUCCUGUGCCACACCCUGCCCUGUGUCCACCUAACUGGAUCACCACUUUUCAAGUGCCUUGGGAGAAAAUGGCUCCUACUCUCCGACAGGCCAUUUCUAUGGAGCAGAGGGCAGCCCAGUCCGACAGAUUACAGAUGAUCAGAGUUAUUGUGGACGCAAUCCGGUUGCACUGCCCAAACCCCACCAGAGCCGAAUGUACUCAGAUAGCCAAAAAUGUUGUUGCUCAAUAUCCAAAAACUUUUGCUGAUGUCACAAAUGAGGGAGACCGCUUGGGUUCUGGUUACACUUCCCUCCUGAAUCAGAUCAAAACAAGAGUGGAACAUGUCAACAGGAACAAUACUCUCUCAAGAAUUCGAAGACCAAAGAGGACAAACGAGAAUGAUGGUGAUGCCUCCCAGUCCCAGCCCAAAAGUACCUGCAGUCAAGUGGACAGUUAUGGAUGCAUCAACUGGCAGCCUCAUAACCUGCCUGAAGGAGAGACAGUAGAUUCUCUGGAGGUCAAGAGGCAGAUGUUGGCCACACUGUACAGGAAGGAAGGACCCAGAGGGAAAGAGAAGGGGAUGGUUGAUGACCUCAUGCACGUAACAUACCUAAAGCAGCAGCAACUCAUCAACUCCAAUCCUCCUUUCAGAGUCAGUGAUAUUAUGCAAGAGUGGCCCUUUCUUUUCCAGAAAAGAUGGCUCUGUUCUCACUUUGAAAAGCUGGUUGGGAUUGACAUUCUCUCAAGAAUGACUGAGGCACUGCAGAAUAAAGGCAGGCGAGUCAUCAACUACUUCCAGCAUCAGAAGUUGAAGUGGAGAGGGGAGAUUCAGUUGCUGCUGACCGAGAUGGAGAACGACUCAAGGACACUAACAACAUCAAGAUUUGGUGGCGUCGUCAGUUGUCCUGCUCUUGAUGGCCUACUUCAGGAAGGUGCCGGACUCCCUGUUCAUGCUGGCCGAUGUCACUGCAACCCAGGCGGACAUCGAGACACAUCAGCCAGUCCCAGACACAGUGUAAGGCAGUGUCAUCAUGACGCUGGACAGGAGUGCCAAUUGUGUAGAUGCCUUGGCCGUGUUAUUUGCAUGCUACUAUGUGUUCAAUGUGGAGUACCAGGAGGCUGCUGCGUGUACUCUGGAGCUUGAUCAGAGGUUUCUGGUCAGGAUCAACCCAGAGGAUGGAAAGAAAUGCUCUGCCCGAGCAUGUUUUUGUUUAAGCUCUAUUCUGAUCAGUUUCUGCUCAACCAGUCCUGUCCUAGGGCAUUUUCAUGUGUUUUUUCUUGGUUGGCAUAAUCAAAAAAACUCCUGUGGUAUGUUUUUAAAAGUUCUUUGAAAAAAAGAAUUUUUGGAAUACUUUGAAAUGAAUUGUAAUUUGUAAAUAAGUUGGAGGAUAUAAACAUGCACUGUUUUCUCUUAAAAAUGUGCUGAAGAGUUGUGGAUUGAAUAAAACAAUAUUUAUAAGAA